AUGGGCUCUAAGAAAAAGCCUCGUGCAUCAGCAAGCCGAGCAUCGGUCACCUCAGCGGCCUCUUCGGUAUCGCGAAAGGUGUCCAAGGUCACGAAGUCAGUCAAGGCUGGCGCAAAAGCACUCAUGCGGCCUCUCAAAAAGGCUCGCUCUGCUCUUUCGAAGAGCAGAGUGAGCCUUCGAUCUCACUCCUCAUCUAGUGCAAUGUUGAUCAACGAGACCUCGAGCAAGCCUGUGUCCGUUAUCGACAUUGACCUAGAUGAUGUCACUGAAGCGGCAUCAUCCCAGGUGGCUAAUGAUGAAGAAUCACCUGAAGCGGAACUUGCUCGUCUGCAAGCUUCAUGGCGCUCCCCGGUCUACUCCUUCUUCAAACUUGCAGAGGUUUCAAUUGACUACGAUGAUGAAGGCAGGAAGUACCACUUCUUCCCGUGUGCCGCUCGGCAGUGCAAGAACAAGUACAAAGGCGUGCGUCGCUACCAGGAUUCCAAGGACAAGUCUUCAACAUCAAACUUGAAGACUCAUGCUAUGAAGUGCUUUGGCACGGCAGCAGUGGCGGCCGCUAUUCAAGGGAAGUCCGAUACAGGCAAGGAUGGCAAUGCCGAAGUCCGGGCUCACCUUGUCAAGUGGCUCACGGAGAGCAAUCGUCCAAGCACUAUUGUGGAGGAUCGCGAGACUGUGUCACGUGAUAUACAUGCAUCAUUUGAUCGAUGUCAGGAACGGAUCAAAAAACUGCUAAAGGAGCAUCCGGGUAGACUUAAUUUCGCAACCGACGCCUGGACUUCGCCGAAUCAUCGUGCGUUCAUUGCCUGGACAGUCCAUCUGGAAUAUGAAGGCUGCCUGCUGUCGUUUGUGUUAGAUAUCAUCGAAGUUCCUGAAUCUCACACGGGGGAUGCUCUCGGAAAAGCUUUUCAUAAUAUGCUGGUUGACCUGGGCAUUGAAGAGAGAAUACUUGCUUUUACCGGGGACAAUGCGACAUCAAACGACACUCAGUCCACUAAGCUCGAUGAGCUGCCAAAUUCCUUUGAGGAAGCUAAUCGGGUACGGUGCUUCAAUCAUACCCUCAAUCUUGUGGUCAAAUCGAUUUUGAAGCCGUUCAAUCACAAGACGAAGGACCAGGGGGCUUCUAGUGAGCUGAGCGAUGAAAACGAUGAUGACGAACUGCCAGAUCUCUUGUCAGACUCGGACGACAGCGACGAUGGUGGCGACGAUGAAGGGGAGUCAUGGGACCUCAGCAACUUGGACGAUCCUGAAGAAGUGGAUGAACUGGAGGAGCUCGAUGUUGAGGAGAAGAGUAUACUUCUUGCAGACACUGCUGCAGUGCGAUCAACAUUAGUAAAGCUCCGGGGUCUCGCUUAUGCAAUCGUACACUCUACGAUCGUCGCACUACCUGCGUGGUACAGAGCGUGCAAGGCUCACGGAGUCCCGAGCUGCCUCAUCCCUCGCGACGUUGUUACGCGAUGGAACUCCACCCACACUAUGAUCGCAUUUGCACUCAAAUACCGUCAUCCUAUCGAUGAUAUCAUGGGCAACAAGGCACUCAAGCUAUGCAAGUAUGAGCUUCACAACGAUGACUGGAGGAUCCUGGAAGACCUCGUUCACAUUUUAGAGGUGUGCUGA